AUGUGCCACUGCGGAGGCUUUUGGCGAAAUUGGACAAUCCAGUCCGGCGAUAAUCUGCAAGAUGUCAUUGAUCCUAGAGGCGUGGUGGAAUGGGAAUGUCGCAGUAACCCAAACAAUACAACCCUCAACGAUGAUCGUGCUUUGAAAGGGUAUAAAGUCCGUACGUGGAGGGUGUGGGGGGAGAGUGGGAAAGAGUAUCACCGCCAGGUAAAUGCGAGAGGAAAGGCGGAAAAGGGAGAAUUUGCCGAUAGAAAGAAAAAAGGGAAAGCCUUGGAUGAUGCUCCCGUUGAGAUAGAGAAUAUGGAGAAUGUCACUGAAGUUGGGAAGCACGACUUGGAGUAUUCACAAACAGGAUGCUCCAGCCCUCCUUACUCUGCAGCACCACAUACGGCUAUUUUACAACCAGCUGUUGCCAAAGAAGCAGUUCGAAUACGCCAACAUCGAGUUUUCACACCAAGCUUCGUGUGCCGGAAAUUUGGCCAGUUGUGGAUUUUCGAUUCUGCGGUAUCCAAGCUGCUUGAUGAAGACCAUUCCCCCGCUUGGAACGAGCAAGCUGCAGCUAGUGAAUUGCGGAAUGUUAGGAAGACUCGAUUGUAUGAAUUGAUCAUGACGACGGCUAUGUGUAUGAUAAUUGGUGAGAGGGAGAAGCGGAAUACUCUCCUCUUGCUACUUAUAAUAGCCGCGGCAGGGGGG